AUGGCUUGGAAGGGGAAGAAGCUCAACAACAAUGACAACCGUCAGGCGUUGGAGGCGACUACGCCAACCAGCACCAAGACCGUCCCGUGGACGAAGGAUCCCGGACUCCGGCCGCUAAACUUCGCAUUGUUUUUCCUCCUCUUCGGCGACGUGGCUCACGGUUUCGACGGAUCGCUCAUCAACAACCUGCAACAGAUCAACCGAUGGCAAGAUGACUUCAAUCAUCCUCGUGACAGCCUCCUCGGAGCUCUCAGCGCGUCUUACUGGAUCGGUAACAUCAUCGGUGUGUUGCUGAUCCCUCUUAUCGCCGAUCGAUUCGGGCGUCGCCUGGCCAUCGCAGCCGGUUGCUUCCUCUGCAUCAUCGGCGCCGUCAUCUGCACUGUGACCACGAGUACCGGGGCUUUCAUCGCCGGUCGUAUUCUGCUCGGCAUGGGCGGAGUCAUGUGCUCCUCCGUCUCGACGGUCCUGAUGACGGAACUCGCAUACCCUGCCCAUCGCGCCACGGCCACGGCGCUGAGCAGCACCACAUACAGCGUCGGCUCCAUCUUGGCGUCGUGGGUUGCGUUUGGAAGCUUCCGCAUUUCAGAUUCUUGGGCUUGGCGCACGCCGACUGUCAUCCAAGCUGCUCCUAGUGCCAUGGUGUUGGUUGGACUCUUCUUCCUCCCCGAAUCGCCAAGAUGGCUCUGCAGUAAGGGCAAGGAGCAGACGGCAUUGGAUAUUCUGACAAAAUACCACGGCGCCGGAGAUGUCAACGACAUUGUUGUUCAGCACGAGUACAACGAGAUCAAGGACACUAUUGAGGCCGAAAUGACUCAGAACAAGAACCCCUUCCACCUCAAGGCUCUCUUCGCUACCAAGGGUAACCGCUACCGGUCUUUCAUCAUCAUAUGGUGCGGUAUCUGCAAGCAAUGGUCCGGUAAUGGUUUGGUGUCUUACUACCUCGGGAGCAUGCUCAAGGGUGCUGGUAUCACCAAGCAGAUUGAGACGACCCUCAUCACGGCUACCUCCCAGAUGUUCAGCUUUGCCUGCUCAUUUGCCUUUGCUUUCCUGCCUGCUCGUGUUGGUCGCAGGCCGUUGAUGUUGACCAGUAUGGCUCUCAUGUGGGUUGUUUUUGCCAUAAUCACAGGUACGACGGGAGCCUACGUCGAGACUGGAAACCGUCCGGCGAGUUACACCACCGUUGCGUUCAUCUACCUAUACAGUGGAGUCCACAACCUUGGCUGGACUGGUGCUCAGAUGCUUUAUAUUGUCGAGAUCCUCCCCUACCACAUUCGAGCCAAGGGCAUGGCCAUGUUCAGCUUGGUCGCGGGUAUCUGUGGAGCCUUCAAUACCUACGUUAACCCUGUGGGCAUUGCUGCCAUGUCGUGGAAGUUCUACUUCUUCUACGUCGGCUGGAUUCUCGUCCAGUUUGUGGUCGUCUACCUUGUCUUCCCCGAGACCAAGGGACCCAGUUUGGAGCAGAUUGCGCUGCUCUUUGACGGAAAAGAUGCCCAGCUUGGACGAACUAAUGCUAUUAUUGACGAGAUGUUUGAUGAGAAAGACGGAGUUGCGGUUGAGACGAGAGAGAAGCAGUGA